AUGUCUGUCUCCUUUUUUUCUAAUUCACUUGGAAGUUGAAAUGGUUACACCGACAAAAUCCUCUCUCUCCCAAUCAUGGCUAUAUAUGGACAACUUUGCUCUUGGCUAAUUAAUCAUGGCUACCUCUUUCUCAUCUCUAGGACGUAGAAUUGCUUGUAUAUUUCUCUUUGUUUCUUUUUCCUUACUCCUCUUGCCCUUUUCUGAAUCAAUAGAUUUCGAGUUCACUAGAUUUGUUUCCGAUACAAAAAAUAUACAAUACUCGGGUGAUGCAGUACCUUCUGCGGGAGCCAUAGAGCUCAACCGAGUUGAUGACUUAAUGCGUGUUGGCCACGUUCAAUACGUAGAACCUGUCCGUAUAUGGGACAGAAAAUCUAGAGAGCUUUCUGAUUUCACCACUCACUUCACUUUCGUUAUAGAUACACAAAAUCAAUCUAAGUAUGGCGAUGCGUUUGCUUUCUAUCUUGCCCCAGUUGGCUUCCAAAUCCCACCAAACUCAGCUGGUAGAUAUCUAGGCCUGUUUAACUCAACUACGUAUAAUUGGCCACAAAACCAAAUCAUUGUUGUUGAGUUUGAUACGGUGGUAAAUCCGGAUUUCGAUCCUCCAUACGGUCAUGUAGGUAUCAACAUCAACUCGGUUAGUUCAGCUAAAACCACUGCUUGGAAUGUUAGUUUUCAUAGCGGAGAUCCUGGGGAUGCUUGGGUGUCUUACAAUUCUACAACACAGCUGUUGAACCUUUCUUUGCGCUAUGGGACUGGAAACCAGUCUACAGAUAAUACCAAUCUUUGGUACAAAGUUGACCUCAGGGACGUUCUUCCUGAGUGGGUAACAAUUGGAUUCUCAGGUACUACUGGUAUGUCAAAGGAGAAGCAUACUCUUCAAUACUGGGAGUUCAGUUCAAGCUUGAAGUCAGAACAAGAAAGGGGUGAUAACUCAAUCAAUUGGAAACUCAUAGUGGGAUUAAGCGUUCCUCUUUUUGCUCUAGUUGUAGGAGGUCUAGUAGCAUAUGCUAUAAUUUGGAGGAUACAAAGAAAAAUUGCAAAUGAAUCAGAAGAUAUAGUUGCCUUGACAUCAAUAAACGAUGAUCUUGACAGAGGAACAGGACCCAAAAAAUUUCCUUUUGGAGAUCUCGCCUUGGCUACCAACAACUUCGCUUAUGAUCAGAAGUUAGGCGAGGGAGGAUUUGGGUGUGUCUAUAAGGGUUACUUAUCCAGUGAAGGUAUCAUGGUAGCCGUCAAGAAAAUUUCACAGGGUUCUAAACAAGGAAAGAAAGAGUACACGACUGAAGUGAAGAUCAUCAGCAGUUUAAGGCACCGAAACUUGGUUCAACUCAUUGGUUGGUGCCAUGAUGAAACUCAAUUUUUGCUAGUGUACGAGUUUAUGCCAAAUGGAAGCCUCGAUUCUCAUCUAUUUAACAAAAAAAGUAUCCUCAAAUGGGAUGUGAGGUACAACAUCGCUACAGGUUUAGCAUCUGCAUUGCUCUAUCUCCAUGAAGAGUGUGAACAAUGUGUUGUGCAUCGCGAUAUCAAAGCGAGCAACAUCAUGCUUGAUUCAGGAUUUAAUGCAAAGCUUGGAGAUUUUGGAUUGGCUCGACUCAUGGACCAUGAACUGGGUCUAAAAACAACUGGCCUAGCUGGAACGCUAGGCUACAUGGCUCCUGAGUAUGCAGUAACCGGGAAAGCCAGCAAAGAGUCAGAUGUGUAUAGCUUCGGAGUGGUUGUAUUAGAGAUAGUUUGUGGGAAAAAGGCGACAGAUAAAGUUGACCCACACUCUGAUCUUCGGUUGGUUGAGUGGGUCUGGGGUUUACUUGGAAAAAAUGUGCUGCUUUCUGGUGUGGAUCAGCUUCUGAACAAGGAAUUCAACACAACAGAAGUAGAGCGUUUGAUGAUGGUGGGGUUAUGGUGUUCACACCCUGACCGGAGUCUGAGGCCAUCUAUCCGCCAAGCUAUUCAAGUACUGAAGUUCGAAGGAGCACUCCCAAAUCUUCCUACAAAGAUGCCUGUGCCCAUCUAUUACUCUGUACCGGAUGGCUCAGAAAUUAGUUCGUCUAGUGCUACAAUGACCAACAGUAGCAUCGAUAUGGCACGUUGAACAAUCAUUAUUGUUGAGAGCUAAAAAAAUAAACAUGCUACAUGUUAGUUCGAUCUUAUCUAUAUUUAUGUAUUGUGUUAAAUGUUUAAUUUAUUUGUUGCCAGAUUGUAUUUACUGUAAAAUCAAAACCUAUGGACUAUUGUCCAACCCUAUUAUUGUAUAUGCACUUUGUUGUAAAA